AUGGCGCAUCAAACUCUUGGCCAAUGGAAGUUUGCUCAAAGUUGUCGAUUUGAACCACUGCACCUGAACUCCAAUUGCAGCAACAGUAGCGAUUUUUGGACAAAACCAGCAGACGGAAUGAUCAAAAUAAAUGUGGACGAAGCUACAUUCGAUGCCAACAAUUCCUUCGGAACAGGUUUCAUUGUUCGUGACUUUAAAGGUGCUGUAAUUUUGGCCUCUUCUACUUUUUCAACUGGCUUCUCAAAUGCUCCUUUUGCUGAAAUAAUUAGCAUCAAAGAGGCCUUAAGUUGGAUAAAAGAUUCCAACUUGUCAAAUGUUGUAAUUGAGACGGACUGCCUUACUGCUGUUCAAGCUUUGCAAAGUCGAAUUGAUAUGCCAUCGAUGUUUGGAAUCGUUGUAAAAGAUUGCAAAGUUUUAUUGUCUUCUUUAUUUAAUGUAACUAUUUCUCAUGUUAAGCGAUCUGCUAACAAAGCUGCCCACUAUUUGGCUCGCGGCUCUUCCUAG